GUGUGUGAUUGGUACUGAUCCACCUUCAGAGCCGGCCUCUGGGAUCCUCAUACUCAGUGGGACAGAACAAACUGUGAAAAUGUUUUCUUCUGUGAAAGCCUUUGGGAACCAGCAGUAUUAUGCGCUGAAGAAGGAAUGUCAGAAGAAGAAGACCUUGUUUGAGGACCCUUUAUUCCCCCCAGACAAUGACUCCCUGUUUUACAAAACACAAAGGGUUCAAGGUGUGCAGUGGAAGCGACCAAAGGAAAUCUGCGGAGAUCCUCAUCUCUUCGUUGAUGGUAUCAGCUCUCAUGAUUUGCAUCAAGGUCAAGUUGGCAACUGCUGGUUUAUUGCCGCCUCCUCAUCUCUGGCGUCCCGGGAUGUUUUCUGGCAGAAGGUCAUCCCCAACUGGAAGGAGCAGGAGUGGUAUUCUGAGAAGCCUGAAAAUUACGCCGGGAUUUUUCAUUUCCAUUUCUGGCGAUUUGGGGAAUGGGUGGAUGUAGUUAUUGAUGACCGUCUUCCAACGAUCAACAACCAGCUAAUUUAUUGUCACUCCAAUGAGACAAACGAAAUGUGGUGCGCACUGCUCGAAAAAGCGUAUGCCAAAUUAACCGGAUGUUACGAAGCUCUGGAUGGCGGUAAUACAGCUGACGCACUGGUGGAUUUUACUGGCGGUGUCUGUGAACCAAUAGAUCUUUCUGAAGGAGGUUUGGCCAACGAUGUAGAGAAAAGAAAUGAUCUGUUUGAAAGAAUCCUGAAAGUUCAUAACAGAGGUGGUCUCAUCAGCUGUUCUAUUAAGGCAACCUCUGAUUCUGAGAUGGAAGCGCGUCUGGCCUGCGGUCUGGUAAAGGGACACGCUUACGCAGUGACGGAUGUGCGGAAAGUUCGUCUAGGCACUGGAUUGAUGGCCUUCUUCAAGUCCGAGAAACUAGAUAUGAUCCGUAUGCGGAAUCCCUGGGGGGAGAGGGAGUGGAAUGGACCCUGGAGUGAUAGUUCGGAAGAAUGGCAGAAAGUCAGUAAGAGUGAGCGAGAGAAGUUGGGCGUGACUGUUGAUGACGAUGGCGAGUUUUGGAUGACAUUUGAAGAUUUCUGCAAAUAUUACACAGAUAUCAUCAUGUGCAGACUCAUUAAUACCUCGUAUAUAAGUAUUCACAAAACCUGGGAGGAGUCUGUAGCUCGGGGGACCUGGACCAAACAUGAAGACCCUCUAAAGAACCGUUCAGGAGGUUGUCUCAACUAUAAGUCCACCUAUCUACAAAAUCCUCAGGUUUGGAAUCACAAUGUUAUAAAAGAUGAGUUUAUGGGCCAGGUGGCUCUUACUGGUGACCCCAACAACCUUCAGACCCAGCACAGUCUUCAGCUUCAGGACAAGAGCAACAAAAAUUCUGCAGAACUCUCAGGAUCUAUUCAGCUGGUGCUUCUAAGCAUGGACAAAGUUAAUAGCUCACCGAAACAAAACACCCCAGCAGAAACUUCAGACGAAGAGGUCGGACAACAUGGAGAUAUCCCAAAUAACGAGCUGCUGACUCAGAUAAAAAGUUUUUUCCACGAAGAACUAAAAACAGCCUUAUAUGACCUCAAGCAGGAUAUCAGAGAGAUUGGAGGGAGAACAAUAGAAAUUGAAAAUAAACUGGAAGAUAUUUCAGAAGAAAUUCCUCAAAUUCAACACACCCUACUAGAUCACUCCAUUUACAUCAAGAAACUGGAAGAUCAAGUAGAGGAUUUGGAGAACAGAUUGAGACGCUCCAAACUCCGAAUCAGGAAUCUUCCGGAAGACUAUAAAAAUCUACAAGUAGACGUAACUGAAAUUUUUCACCAGCUUAUACCAGACACAGAACCCACCAUGUUACUGAUGGACAGGGUCCACAGAGCUUUGACCAAACCCUCCCAAUCCAAGACAAGAGAUAUAAUAGUCAAGCUACACUACUUCCACGUAAAAGAAAUGAUCCUCCAAGCAGCUAGGCAAGCUCGUACAGUUAUUUAUGAAGGGCACAAUAUUUAG